AUGAGAGUGUAUUUAGCUGCUCAAAUUUUUAGUGAGAGCGUUGCAGCUGGCAUGUCCACAACCUUAGUUUCUAAAAUGUUACCACCUUCUGCAAAAUUCACAAUAGAUUUCAUUAAUGAUAUGGACCAAUUAUUAGAUAUAUUUAAUUCUUCAAAAAUACCUGGCCUUAAAUCUUUUAAACGACCAUUCAAAAAUACUCCAGAACAAAUUAACCAUUUAAAUAAAAUGGCUGAUGUAUUUAGAAACAUAAAAGUCAUUCAUAAAUUUAAGCAAGCUGAUGAAACUAAACGUAUGAAUUUCAUCAAAGGUUGGCUAAUUUCUAUAAAUGGAUUACAAAUGCUUUAUACUUCUUUAAAUCCAAAACAAGAUGUAAAUGAUGUUCUGUAUACUGGUAAAGUCAACCGAGAUUGUUUGGAAAACCUAUUCUGUACUUUCCGUCAACAACAAGGAAAUAAUUUAAAUUCAACUCCAAUUCAAUUGAGUUGGGCUUUUAAAAAAAUAUUUUGUUUAAAUUAUUUUCAAACUUCACCUGGCGCCAAUUGUAUAGAAGAUUUGGAUCAAAUAUUAUGUUCAGAAAUAGUUACCGGUGAAGUUCUUAGUAUAUUAGAGCCUGAAAAAAAUCUUUUUAAAUUUAAAGCAAUAAGUAUCGGUACAGUUGAUUAUAGAAAUUUAGAAUUACUUGAGAAGAACACAUUUACAUAUGUGUGUGGUUAUAUCAUGAAAAAAUGUCUUGAAAAGCAUAUAUGCCAAGAUUGUGUUAAUUAUGCUCGUCAUCAAAAACAGUUAGACCAGUCUCAUAUAUUAUCUUUCCUUAAAGCCUAUCCUACAAGUGAACAAUCAACAUUUGGAAACUUAAUGGUGCCUCAUAAUAAUUUUUAUAAUUUUAUUUAUGAGUUAGAAAACAUUUUUAUUAAAUUAUUUUCAUCCAUUUCUAUAGAAAACGGUGUUGGUUCCAAGCUAAGACUUCAUUCUAGUAAUGUUCCUUUUAGUCAUCCAUGUAAACUUUUCGACAAAUCUUUUUUAAUAAAUUUGUUUAUUAGAUUCAGAAUGUUUACGGCAAUUACAUUUUUAAAUAGAACUCUGUUACAUGAAAAAAAAUUAAAGAAUAGAAAAUUAACUAUUUUAUCUCAUUUAUAG